AAUAGCGAAGCUAGCCAGUUGUUUUGGGGAGAAGAAGAAAAGAGCAGCGAGCGGAAGAAACGCCGGAUUUGGAUCGCUAUUCGUUUUAUAAGUAUAGUAUAGGUUUUCCAAUUUUUAAAACACCUUGUUAUCGAUGUCCACACCGGCGAGACGACGGCUAAUGAGAGAUUUUAAAAGGCUUCAAGAGGAUCCUCCCACCGGUGUGAGUGGAGCACCGUCCGAGAACAACAUCAUGCUUUGGAACGCUGUUAUUUUUGGGCCUGUUGGGACACCGUUUGAAGACGGAACAUUUAAGCUGCUGAUAGAGUUUUCAGAGGAGUACCCAAACAAGCCCCCAACAGUUCGCUUUGUUUCCCGAAUGUUUCAUCCAAAUGUUUAUGCUGAUGGCAGUAUAUGUUUAGACAUCCUUCAGAAUCGCUGGAGCCCAACUUAUGAUGUCUCAUCCAUACUCACUUCUAUCCAGUCGUUGCUGGACGAGCCGAACCCCAACAGCCCAGCGAACAGUCAGGCUGCACAGCUCUAUCAGGAAAACAAGAGGGAGUAUGAAAAAAGAGUGACGGCCAUUGUGGAGCAGAGCUGGGUGGACAGCUGAGCUUCUCUCCCUCCAUCUCUUACUAUUCUCUUCAUCACCCCUCUUCUAUUCAAGCUUUGUUUUUACCUCGUAAAGAUGAAAACAGCAACUAUAUCAAAACUCAAGUGCCACCCUAAAAAGUUAAAAGAAAAACCAAACAUGAAUGGACAUUAACUUGCUUGCCAAUGCAUUUUAGGAAAUUUGGGGGGUAUUCAAGCUUUUUUUUUUGUGUUCUUUUUAAUUGACUUUUUUAUUGCAUGGUGUGAGAUAAGUUAUUUCUAACAAAAUUUGUAAUAUAUCUUUGUUUGACUGAAUUGUUAAUGCUUGAGUUUUACAGACUUUCAGUUUCUGUUUUUUAAUUUCCUGGUGUGUGCACAAUUUGGUUGGUUUGGAAAGGUUUAAAACCCAUUUGUUACAUUUUAAAAAGGUGUGGAAAAGCCUUUCCGAGCUCAAAGCAUUAUUCUUGCAGUCAACCAGAUAUAAAGCUGAUGAGGAACAAUCCCUGGUCUGUUCCAGCAGAUCUGUUUAUUUUAAGACGCUGUAGGUUUGGACUCGUUCGUCUGACGGCAGCAGCAUGGAUGAAUCAUGCAUGCCAUGGUUGAGCUUUUAUUAGGAGAUAAUGUUAGAAAUGGUUAUAAGGAAGUGAAGGAUUGAACUGGGGAUCCCCAUGUUUUGUCGUUUCAUUUUAAAAUGGUAUCAAAUAUAGCACAGGCUCGUGUGGAAUAAUUUUCAUGAUGGUUCAAGGAGAGAGCUUGACAAGUUUAGGAACUAUGUUAAUCCAUGAUUUGCCCCCCCCCCCCCCCUUUUUUUUUUUAAACAAUUGCUGAAUCUAUAUUUAUUAAACUGAGAAAGCAGGUUAAAAGGUGGAUUUGGAAAUUAGCAGAGCUGUUCAUUCUUGCACUUGCAUGCUUUUCUAACUUCCCGCACCACACUAUUCUGAGGCCUGUGACGUUUCCACCUGAACGUGUCCAUGCUUUGGUUUUCUUUAAACUUGGCUGACAUUUUAUAAACUAGCAAAUGAGCUAAACAGUGACUGGAAAAGGAAGCUGGAACAUCACUCACUUUGCAUCAAGAUUGUGUUUUCCUGAAGGCAUAAUUGCAUCUUGGCCAGCGUUUUCUUAUUUUAUUUGUGAUGUUCAAUAAAGUUCCACUUGAGAAUAACUUCAUGACCUAACUCUACCCAACUCCUGCUUAAUAAUCAGUCAUCAUGAGGCAAAAUGUUUUCCUAAAGCUCAUAUUGUGGCUUGUGACUUCUUUCAUCUAGUAACCAG